AUGUAUCUUGAGAACAGGAUUUUGCUUGAGGAAAUUCGCAAGAGCUAUACCAUUGAUAUUACAACGAAGAAGAAGGGACCGUCUCAAGGGAUUCCAAAGUAUCGCGACAUGGGUCUUCGAGUCAAAACUUGGGGACAGCAUCAGUACAAUCUUAUCACUCUUGAUAGAUGUUUGAGUUUCGCCGACCCGAGCAAGCCGCAAACGAGUGUUCGUCUCAAGAAUCUGCGUAGUCUUGACUAG